CGGCGUCUAUCAGUGUUGCACUGAUAGAGCAGGGGAGAAAAAAAAAGACGGCGAACGAAACAAUGGCAGCCGAAGGAGGUCUGAAGCUGCUCGGCUUGACGGUGAGCCCGUUCGUGAUCCGUGUACGCAUGGCGCUGCAGAUGAAAGGCGUCGGCUACGAGUACGUGGAGCAGGACCUGUUCACCAAGGGCGAGCUCCUCCGCAAGUCCAACCCGGUGCACAUGAAGGUCCCGGUGCUCAUCCACGACGGCAGACCCGUCUGCGAGUCGCUGGCCAUCGUGCAGUACGUCGACGAGGCCUGGGCGGCCGCGGGCCCCUCGAUCCUCCCCGCCGACCCCUACGACCGCGCCGCCGCUCGCUUCUGGGCCGCCUACGCCGACAGCAAGCUCUUGCCGGCGUGGGUAGGCAUCAUGUGGGCGGCGACGGAGGAGGAGAGGGCGGAGAAGGUCGGCGACACGCUCGCGGCUAUCGGCCAGUUGGAGGAGGCGUUCGGGACGUGCUCGAACGGUGAGGCCUUCUUCGCCGGCGACUCCGUCGGGUACCUAGAUCUCGUCGUCGGCUCGCAGUUGCUCUGGUUCGAGGUGCUGCGGAAGAUGUUCGGCGUCGUGGUCGUUGAGGUCGGCAGGGCUCCGCUCUUGGCCGCGUGGGUGGAGCGGUUUGGGGAGACUGAUACGGCCAAGGAGGUGGUGCCGGACGUUGACACGGCGGUGGAGUACCUCAAGAAGCUUCAGUCUCGUCGGGCUGGUUCCACGGUUGCCCAGCUGCUGUCGUGACAAAAUUACAUGUCAGUUAGCAAGUAUAUACAGCGAUUUUUCUGUUUAGGCCAGCUCUAUAAUCAUGUCUUGCAAGGAUUCAAAGAAUGAACUGGUUUCCCUCCUGACACCACGUAGAUACUUCUCCAAAGAGGAUGACAAAUCGUUUGUAAGAAAUCAUAAGUACAUAUAUUCUUUGUCAUGCAUAUAGUCCUGACAAUACUACGGGGCUAUAAUGUAGAUACAAUCAUAUC